AUGAAUGCCGUUCUUCAGCAGUCUGCCUACACGCUGGUGUAUGAUCCAAGCCCGAGUUUGAUCGGGUUUACCAAGGCAGAAUUGCAGAAAUCGCUGGAAAAGGGUUCUGAUGAAGAAAAGAUCAGCACGAUGAAGAGAAUACUGGUGAUGAUGCUGGACGGUAAUCCGAUGCCAGAAAUGCUCAUGCAUGUCAUCAGAUUUGUUAUGCCCUCAAAAAACAAGCAAUUGAAGAAGUUGUUGUACUUUUACUGGGAGAUUGUGCCUAAAUUGGAUUCCGAAGGUAAGCUGAAGCAGGAGAUGAUCUUGGUCUGCAAUGCCAUCCAGCACGAUCUCCAACAUCCAAACGAAUACAUCCGCGGAAACACGUUGCGGUUUUUGACCAAGCUGCGCGAGGCCGAUUUGUUGGAGCAAAUGGUGCCUGCCGUUAGACAGUGCCUGGAGUACCGUCACGCUUACAUCCGCAAGUACGCGAUUCUGGCUGUGUACUCGAUCUUCAAAGUCAGCGACCACUUGAUUCCAGACGCGUGUGAAAUCAUCAAUUCAUUCCUGAUCGCCGAAACUGACCCCAUCUGCAAGAGAAACGCAUUUUUAGGUCUGGCUGAACUGGACCGGGAAUCUGCUCUUAAUUAUUUGCAGGACAACAUCGCGUCCAUUGAAAGUCUUGACUCUCUAUUACAGGACGCGUUCAUCGACUUCGUUCGCAAGGACGCCAUUCAGACUCCCACUUUGAAGCCUCAGUACGUCGAUCUUCUACAAGACCUUCUCGCAGCUACAACGUCGCCAGAGGUGGUUUUUGAAGCGGCUCUGGCACUCACUGUGUUGACGAGCGACCCCAAAGCUCUAUGUGACGUUGCUUCGAAGUUGAUUGACGUAGCUGUAAAGGAAUCUGAUAACAACGUUAAGCUGAUUGUUUUAGAGAGGAUUCAAGAUAUUCACAAGAGAGCUCCCGGCCAUUUGGUAGAACUUACUUUGGACAUCUUGCGGGUCUUGAGUGCGCAGGACUUGGAUGUGAGAACCAAAGCUCUGGAUAUCUCGCUAGAAUUGGUUUCUUCCAGAAACGUGGACGACGUGAUUAAGCUCUUGAAGAAAGAACUUCAAACCACUAUUACCAACGCACACAAUGACGAGAAGGCCAUUGAUUACAGACAGAUUCUCAUCGAAAAUAUGCACAAAGUUGCCAUCAGAUUUGCCGAAGUAUCUGCUGAUGUCGUGUCUCUUUUCCUAGAGUCCAUUGGUAACUUGAGCUCCAACGCUGCAAGCGGUGUGAUAUCAUUUAUCAAGGAAGUGAUCGAGAAAUAUCCUCAGCUCAGGAAAGAAAUCUUGCAGCAUUUGCUCGGUGCUCUUCCUUACGUACAUUCCGCAAAGGCUUAUCGCGGAGCCCUAUGGAUCUUGGGUGAGUAUUCUAUCGAUGCUGUAGACGUUCAAAGCUCCUGGAAACAUAUUCGGAGCAGCGUGGGAAGCUUGCCUAUUAUCCAGUCAGAGUCCAAAGACCCCGAGGACGGAUCAGCCGAACAGGAUGCAGCUCCUGAGGUUGUUGUAUCUUCUGGUCCAGUGGUGUUGCCAGAUGGAACUUAUGCCACUGAAUCCGCCUUCGCUGCUGCUCCCACAGAAUCGUCGGCAAGCGAGGAAAAAGAGUCAAAACCACCACUUCGUCGCUUCGUUUUGAGCGGAGAUUUCUACACUGCUUCCGUUUUGGCUACCACAAUUGUGAAGUGUGUCUUGAGAUUCGAAAAAUCAUCACAGGAUGGAUCUGUUCUUAACGCUUUGAAAGCUGAGGCAAUGCUCAUUCUUGUCAGCAUUUUGAGAGCGGGACAGAGCUCUCUGGUAGAGAAGAGAAUUGACGAGGACUCUGCAGAAAGAAUAAUGAUUGCGCUAUCUAUUUUGAUGGAUCAAUCAAGCUUUGAAGACGCCGAGAGUAAGAAAUUGCUGGAGAUGGCCUACUUGGAGGCUACUAAAAACUCGUUUGAAAUCAAGAUUGCGACCGAAGAACGAGAAUCAGCGAAAAAGAAUGCCUCUGCUUUGGCGCGCACAGCCGAUCCAGUUGACAAAGCAAUUUCAUUUAGACAAUUCGCUGCAAAUGAUACUCACAGCACUCCUAUUGAUACCAUCAACGAAGACUUGGAAAAAGCUAUCAAUGGCGACGCUCUGAAUGCAAUUGCCUCAAAUUCUGUGAUGUCAAAACUGCGCAAGGUUGUUCCUCUCACUGGUUUCUCGGACCCAGUAUAUGCAGAAGCAUACAUCACGAAUCAUCAGUUCGACGUGGUAAUCGACGUUCUGUUGGUGAAUCAGACGAAAGAAACUUUGAAAAAUCUUCACGUUCAAUUCGCUACUUUGGGAGAUCUUAAAAUCAUCGACAACCCACCCAACACCAAUGUUGUUGCCCAUGGAUUUCAUAGACUUACGGUUACGGUAAAGGUUUCAUCUGCAGACACCGGAGUCAUUUUCGGAAACAUCGUUUACGAUGGUGGACACGGCGAAGACGCUCGCUACGUUAUUAUGAAUGAUAUACACGUUGACAUCAUGGACUACAUCAAACCAGCCAAGACAGACGACGGGACUUUCCGCAAAAUGUGGAACGCUUUCGAAUGGGAGAAUAAAAUCACGGUAAAAUCUAAACUUCCUACUCUGCAUACAUAUUUGGAAGAGCUUGUAAAGGGUACGCGAAUGGGUGUUCUAACCCCUGAGGAAGCAUUGGGAGAAAAGGAUUGCAGGUUUUUGAGCUGUAACCUGUACUCUAAGUCGACAUUUGGAGAGGACGCUUUGGCCAAUCUUUGUAUCGAAAAGGAUCCUGUGUCAGACGAAGUCGUUGGCCACGUCCGCAUUCGUUCCAAGGGCCAAGGUCUAGCGCUAUCGCUGGGUGACAGAGUAGCCUUGAUCGCAAGACAGAUGAACAAAGUCAAGUUAGACCGCGUUUAG